AUGAACGGCGACGGCUACUCUCGAGACGAGCGACGAGGCGGAGGUGGAGGCGGAGGUCGCGACUACCAGCGCGGACAUCGCGACGACCGGCGCGAUCGAGAACGCGGCGGAGAACGCGGAGGAGAACGCGGCCAGGAGCGAGGUGGCGACCGCGGCCAGGAGCGCAGCCACCGAGACCGUCGCCGAUCCCGCUCGCCCUACGAACGAGGCUCGAGACGCCAGGAAAACGACGAUAGUUACGCCGCCAGCCGAAGCCACAGGGAACGCGAGCGUGAAGACAGAUACUCUGGAAGAGACAGGCGCGCCGAGCGGGAUUGGGACCGUGAUCGCGGUUCAUCCCGGCGCGAUGCCAGGAGAGAUGACGAUGAUCGCGGCGCGCGGAGGGGAGGCGACAGAGACCAAUUCGACGAUCGCAGGCGCGGCGGCCGCGACAGAAAUGAAGAAUUCGCCCGGCGUGAGCAGCGUCCCCGGAGCGCUAGCCCGCCCCCCAAAAAGCGCGAGCCGACCCCCGAUCUAACCGACAUCGUGUCGGUGCUGGAUCGCAAGCGUCGCCUCACCCAGUGGGAUAUCAAGCCCCCUGGCUACGAGAACGUCACGGCCGAACAGGCAAAGCUGUCCGGCAUGUUCCCUCUGCCCGGUGCCCCGCGUCAACAACCCAUGGACCCUACCAAGCUCCAAGCUUUCAUGAACCAGCCCGGCACCGUUAACAGCGCGUCCCUGAAGCCCAGCAACUCCCGCCAGGCGAAGCGGCUGCUCGUCAGCAAGCUCCCCUCUUCGGCGACCGAGGAGAGCGUGGCCAGCUUCUUCAACUUGCAGCUCAAUGGCUUGAAUGUCAUUGAGAGCACCGACCCUUGCGUUUCCUGCCAGCUGUCAAAUGACAAGUCCUUCUGCGUGGUCGAGUUCCGCAACGCCUCCGAGGCAACCGUGGCUUUGGCAUUGGAUGGCAUCUCGAUGGAGGCUGAUUCUGGUACCGACGGCGCUGCUGGGCGUGGAAUGGAGAUUCGCAGGCCCAAGGAUUACAUUGUCCCUGCCGUCACGGAGGAGCUGCCCUACGAGCCUGGUGUCGUUUCGAGCAAUGUUGUCGACACGCCGAACAAGCUCAGCAUCACUGGUUUCCCGCCUUACCUGACGGAAGAGCAGGUUACAGAACUCCUGACAUCGUUCGGAGAGCUUAAGGCUUUCGUGCUUGUCCGCGAUCGACACACAGAUGAGUCUCGGGGCUUUGUAUUCUGCGAGUAUGUCGAUAGCGCUGCCAAUGAUGUUGCUAUCCAGGGCUUGUCCGGAAUGGACCUCGGAAACAGCAAGCUCAAGAUCCAGAAGGCCAGUAUCGGCGUUACGCAGGUUGCAGGCGUUGAGAUGGGCGUGGCCGCCAUGUCCAUGCUGGCUGGCACCACGGCGACCGACUCCGAAGAAAGCCGGGUAUUGCAGCUUCUCAACAUGGUCACGGCCGACGAGCUGAUGGACAAUGAGGACUAUGAGGAAAUCGUGGAAGAUGUGCAGGAAGAGUGCGCCAAAUAUGGCACCGUUCUAGAGGUCAAGGUACCCCGCCCCGUCGGCGGCAGCAGGCAAUCAGCCGGAGUUGGCAAGAUCUUCGUCAAAUACGAGACCAAGGAGGCGACGAAAAAGGCCCUCCAGUCUUUGGCGGGCAGGAAAUUUGCGGAUAGGACUGUCGUCACGACAUAUUUCCCAGAGACAGUGCCCCUACGAACUGGUUUAACGGGCAAUGGAAAGGAACAUGAAGUGUGUCACAAAAAGGGUCCAGAGUCGACCCACGGGAAAUGUCAUGAGUAA